AUGUCUACAUUGGAAGAUCUCGAUGAUCUGGAACGCGAUCAGAAGGAGCAGAAGAAGGAUGGCGACGACAAGGACAAGAAACCUCCGACGGAUGGUGAUUCCAAAGAUGCUGAGAUGAAAGAUGCCGAAGCAGAGAAGAAAGAUGAAGAAGAGGAAUACAUUGAUUCGGAAAUCCUUCAAUCUAGUACAAGAGAUAUCAUCAAUCGGCGGCGGUUACUAGAAAACGAAUUGAAAAUCCUGAAGAGCGAGUUUCAACGCUUGAAGCAUGAAGAGACGACGAUGAAGGACAAGAUCAAGGACAACCUUGACAAGAUCGAGAACAACAGACAAUUACCGUACCUUGUGGGCAACGUCGUCGAACUCCUCGACCUGGACGUAGAAGCAGAGGCUGCAGAAGAAGGGGCGAACAUCGAUCUCGACGCAACACGGGUGGGCAAGUCGGCAGUCAUCAAGACAAGCACUCGGCAAACGAUCUUCCUCCCUCUGAUCGGACUCGUCGACCACAAUAAGCUGAAACCAGCGGAUCUUAUUGGCGUCAACAAGGAUUCAUAUCUAGUCCUCGAUACGCUGCCUGCGGAGUACGAUUCAAGAGUCAAGGCCAUGGAAGUCGAUGAGAAGCCCACCGAAAAAUACACAGAUGUAGGAGGUUUGGACAAGCAGAUUGAGGAGCUUGUCGAGGCUGUGGUUUGGCCAAUGAAGGAAGCGGAGAGAUUCAAAAAGAUUGGCAUCAAGGCUCCGAAGGGUGCUUUGAUGUACGGACCGCCUGGUACAGGCAAGACCCUUCUUGCUCGAGCAUGCGCUGCCCAGACCAACGCGACCUUCCUCAAGCUCGCCGGUCCUCAGCUUGUGCAGAUGUUCAUCGGUGAUGGUGCCAAGCUUGUUCGAGAUUGUUUCGCUCUCGCCAAAGAGAAGGCUCCUUCGAUCAUUUUCAUUGACGAACUUGAUGCUGUAGGAACGAAGCGUUUUGAUUCAGAAAAGAGUGGUGACCGAGAAGUACAACGGACAAUGUUGGAACUGCUCAAUCAGCUUGACGGUUUCGCUUCGGAUGAGCGGAUUAAGGUGUUAGCUGCCACGAACAGAGUCGAUGUACUCGAUCCCGCACUGCUCCGAUCUGGCCGACUGGACAGAAAGAUUGAAUUUCCUCUUCCCAACGAGGAAUCGAGAGCGCAGAUUCUGCGUAUCCAUUCCAGAAAGAUGACUGUCGACGAGGGAAAUAUCAAUUGGAACGAACUUGCCCGGUCGACGGACGAGAUGGGAGGAGCGCAGUUGAAAGCUGUUUGUGUCGAAGCAGGUAUGAUCGCCCUUCGUAAGGGUCAGAGCAAGUUAGUCCAUGAAAACUAUGUGGACGCUAUCGCCGAGGUGAUGGCGAAGAAGAAGGACACUGUCAAUUUCUACGCAUAA